AUGUUUGGUAAUCUAAUAAAAGGAAUUAAAGGUGAAAAGGAUAAGGAGAAGGAUGGUUCGAAGGAGAGGGAUAGGGCAAAGACAAGCUCGACUCCUUUGUCACCAAACUCUCAAUCAUCUGGUGGUGCCAAACCAACAUCACCUUCAUUGGUACCAGCAGGUAUAACAGAGGAGGACUUGGCACAGCAGUUUGCCCACCUGCUCGAGGAGCUGGGCGUGCCCGACGCCAAGAAGGUCGAGAUGAUGUCGAUGAGCAACGACAAGAAGUGGAUACUGCUCAUGGGUCAGAAGGACAAGAUCAGGGACACCGAGGAGAAGGCCAAGCAGAAUGGCAGUCUCUAUGACACGCCACAAUACUUCCUCUCGGUGUUGCGUGAGAAUGCCGCCACUCACAAACUCAUCUCUGAGCUUCGAGUCUGUCUAGGCAGCAACCCCAUGUCAUGGAUCAACUCAUUCCUUCAACUUGGUGGCUUUGGCGAGAUUCUAAAGAUCUUCCAAGCAUACCAACUCAAACAAGAGAAGGACAAAUCAGACUUUGCCAUCAUGUCAGAUUGUGUAUUAUGUAUCAAGUCAUUGUUGAACAGCCAGGUUGGACUAAAGAGUGUGAUGGCCACAUCACACACAUUCAAGUUGCUGAUAUUGUGUCUCGAUUUGUCUUAUCCUGCUGAUCUCCGUUCGGCCAUCCUCUCGCUGACUGGUGCCCUUGCCCUCGUGCCCCAGAUUGGUCAUCCAUUCGUGAUUGAAGCCCUCGAGAACUUUAGACAGUCAUCACGUGAGAAGUCUCGCUUCUGGACCAUCGUCGAGGGUGCCCGUCAAGUGGCCAAGACACAGCUUCAAUAUGAAUACUGGACCUCCUUCAUGACCUUUGUCAACUCAGUGGUCAACUCACCACCUGACCUCCAGACUCGUGUCACAUUGCGAUCAGAGUUCACAGCACUCGAGUUGAUAGAGUUGGUCAACCCAUCACGUGGCAAGCAUCAGGAGUUGGACGUGCAGAUUGACGUCUUCUUUGAGUGCCAGGAUGAGGACAAUCAAGAGAUGGGCUCUGCCUACACCGACGUCAACAUUCAGUCGCCCUCAGAGGUCAGCUCCAAACUCCACACUCUGUUGCAGCCCUCGCCUGCGCUACACCACCACUUCAUGUCCAUUCUGCGAUGUCUCUACACACUGGCCUCCACCCAGCCCGACCUGGGUGGCAAGCAGUGGAAUCUGCUGGAUGAGGCCGUUGGCACACUGCUCAGCGAUCCCACUCGUGAGUCGCAGGCAUCCAGGAUCGACUCGUUGAGCGAGGAGAACAGGAAGCUGAGUGAACAAGUGUCCAAGCUCAAGAGUGCUGCUGCCACAGCCGCCAUCGCUGCGGCUCAGGUAUCAGCGGCGACUCCAGCAACCAUGCCACCACCAACUACGCCUCCAACAGUCAGACAAGAGGUAGACAUCACACCUUACACCAACCAGAUAUCAUCACUCAACAGCACACUGGAAGAGUCUAGGUCUGAGAUUAUACACCUUAGCUCCACGAUCAAAACUCUUGAGAAGAACAUUAAGGACUUGGAUGCGCAGUUGGCUAAGUCUAAGGACUUGUCCUCACAGUUGACAGCAAAGAACUCAGAGCUUCAACAGCAACAGCAGCAGCGACCAGCCUCAACUGAGGCAUCUCCAUCUGUAGAUCAACCAAGCGUUGACAUCCCUGAUGCACCAAUGUCGGGUGGACCUCCUCCUCCACCACCACCACCUCCUCCACCUGGUGGCGCUGGUGGCCCUCCCCCUCCCCCACCUCCUCCUCCUGGUGGUGCUGGUGGCCCGCCACCUCCACCACCUCCCCCUGGCAGCAAGAAGGCUGGUGCACCCGCAGCUCCUGCUGGCCCAGUGCUGCCAACACGCAAGACCCCACCAGUCCCCUCUGUCAAGAUGGUCGGUCUGCAGUGGAAGAAGGUGAACAACAACUCAAUCGAGAGCUCAGUCUGGAUGAACGUCAAGGAGUACAACCUCAACGAUCAGUUCAAGACCUUGGAGGACCUGUUCGCGGCAAAGAAGCCCAGAGCUCCAGCUGCACCAUCUGCUGGCGGCGCACCAAAGUCAGACAAUCCGCUGAGCCCGGGCAAGGCAGCACCAGCCAUCAGCAUCCUCGACAUAAAGCGAUCGCAAGGUAUCUCUAUCAUGCUGAGCAGGUUCAAGAUGCCCCUGCCCGAGUUGGCCAAGGCCAUCAACAACUUUGACGAGACCAAGCUGUCUCUUGAGGACGCCAAGUCGCUGUCCAAGUUCUGUCCAACCCCAGAGGAGAUCGACAUACUCAAGGAGGAGGACAUUAGCAUGCUUGGCAAGCCCGAGCAGUUUCUCUACGAGAUGUCAAAGGUCUCUCGUCUCAGCGAGAAGCUCGACUGCUUCAUCUUUAAGCAGAAGAUGGCAUCACAGAUCGAGGAGAUUCAACCGGAUGCAGACGCGCUCCUCCGCUCAUCACAGGUACUCAGGGAGAACAGAAGACUACAGCAGCUGCUCGAGAUCAUUCUAUCACUCGGUAACUUUAUCAAUGGAGGCACACCGCGUGGCGAUGUGUACGGAUUCAAGCUGGACUCACUAUUGUCACUGGGCGACGUGCGAUCACCAACCGACAGCAAGCUCACCCUGCUCACCUGGCUCAUCCAGUUCCUCGAGCAGAAGCACCCAGACCUGCUCAAUGUCCACGAGGACAUCGCCGUGGUCGACGAGGGCAAGCGUGUCUCUGUCCAGAACCUCAAGUCUGAGCUUGGUGGUCUGCGCAAGGGCAUCAAUCAGGUGAAGCAGGAGGUCGAGCUGGCCGAGGGCGUGUCAAAGAAUGUCCUCAACAACUUCUUGUCCCAGGCUCAGGACCAGGUGACCGCACUCGAGAAGAAGGUCAACCAGGCUUGCGAGUCAUUCACCGCUGCCGUCCAGCAUUAUGGCGAAGAUACCAAGACCGCGACACCAGAGGAGUUCUUUGCAACGGUCGGUCGCUUCAGGGCCGAGUUCAAGAGAUGCUAUGAGCAGCUGCUAAAGGACCGCGAGAACGCCACAAAGAUGGCCGCCAGGAAGCUCAAUGCCCCAUCGCCUCAGUCCCAGAAGCCAGCCGUGCCAGCCGGUGCCAAGCCCCAGCUGAAGCAGACGAUGCCAAUACCAAUGCCCAACAUCAACGUGCACGCCAUCUCUGAUGACGACGAUGACAAUCAGCCACACGGCCAAUUCAUGGACAGUCUGAUGAGCUCGAUGAAGGGUGGCCAGGCCAUUAGAAUCGCAAGACGCGCCAGUCAAUACGUCGGCUCUCCCACCAAACUAAACCAAAUGGGACCUUCAGGAUUGGAAGCUUUGAACGCCGCGCUUAAGAACAAGGUGGCCAAUAAAGAGUAG